GAGCGGUAGAUAGCCGAGGAGAGUUGUGUUUCGCCACACUAAAGCUGCAGCUUUAACCUUUAAAGGCGCUUUUUGUUGGUGGUGUGAUUUCUUACCUGUCGUGGUCGGGACAAAACGCUGUUCUGUGCUCUUCUCACUUCCUCUGGUGUGGCCUUUGCUGGUCUGCGUGGAGAACCGCCAGUCGAUGGCUCUAAUGGACAAACACAAAGUCAAGCGGCAGAGACUGGACCGCAUCUGUGAAGGCAUUCGCCCACCCAUCCUAAAUGGGCCCAUGCACCCUCGCCCCCUGGUGGCGCUGCUGGACGGCCGCGACUGCACGGUGGAGAUGCCCAUUCUGAAGGACGUCGCCACCGUGGCCUUCUGCGACGCCCAGUCCACCCAGGAGAUCCACGAGAAGGUUCUUAACGAAGCCGUGGCCGCGCUGCUCUAUCACACCAUCUCGCUCUCGCGGGACGACCUGGACAAGUUCAAAGGGUUACGGGUCAUCGUGAGGAUCGGCAGCGGGUUCGACAACGUGGACAUCAAAGCUGCAGCAGAUCUAGGUAUCGCGGUGUGUAACGUGCCGGCGGCGUCUGUAGAGGAGACGGCGGAUACCUCCAUGUGUCUGAUACUCAACCUGUACCGCCGGGUCACCUGGAUGCACCAGGCCCUGCGCGAGGGCACCCGAGCCUCCAGCGUCGAGCAGAUCAGAGAGGUGGCGGGCGGGGCCGCCCGCAUCCGAGGAGAGACGCUGGGCAUCAUCGGCCUGGGACGUGUUGGCCAGGCGGUGGCGUUACGGGCGAAGGCGUUUGGUUUCGGGGUGAUAUUUUACGACCCGUACCUGGCGGAAGGGGUGGAGAAAUCUCUGGGGCUCCAGCGCAUGGUGACGCUGCAGGAUCUUCUCAUCCACUCGGACUGCGUUUCCCUCCACUGCAGCCUGAACGAACACAACCACCACCUCAUCAACGACUUCACCAUCAAACAGAUGCGGCAGGGAGCGUUCCUGGUGAACACGGCGAGAGGAGGGCUGGUGGAUGAGAAGGCUCUGGCUCAGGCGCUGAAGGAGGGCAGAAUACGCGGAGCAGCUCUGGACGUCCACGAGACCGAACCUUUCAGUUUCUCACAGGGGCCUUUAAAGGACGCCCCCAACCUGAUCUGCACCCCCCACACAGCCUGGUACAGCGAGCAGGCCUCCAUCGAGGCGAGAGAAGAGGCGGCGCGGGAGGUCCGCAGAGCCAUCACGGGUCGUAUCCCAGACAGUCUGAAGAACUGCGUCAACAAGGAGUAUCUGAUGACGGCUUCGCAGUGGCCGCCCAUGGAGGCCGCCACGGUCCAUCCCGAACUUAACGGAGCCGGAGCUUUCAGAUACCCUGCGGGUCUGAUCGGCGUGGCCGCGGGACCUCUGCCCGGAGCCGGGGCGGGCGUCGAGGGCCUGGUGGUGGGGCCGAUGCCCAUAGCCCACGCCCUCGUCCCGGUCUCGCAUCCACCGCACACGCCCUCGCCCGGGCAGCCCACCAAGGCGGAGGCCGACAGAGACGUCCCGUCUGACCAAUAGCAUUCCAUCGGUGCCCCAGCCACGCCCUUCUCUCCUGUCGUAGGGCAGAACCCGUGCUGAUGCCCCCGACGCCCUGCUCGAUGUAAAAAAAAAAAAAAAAAAAAAAAAAAGCCCGCUCUGGGUCGACCCGGUCAAACAGAACACACACAAGUCCAGAAGUGACCCACGUAAAAAACGUUUCGCCCCUUACGAACCCCCCCCGGUCCUUCUCCUCCUCUACGUCUUUUACUUUUCCACCUGUGCAGUAAGCAAUAACUCUUCUCAAGGAUUCAGUACGUGGGUUUAUUCUUUUAUUUUAGGGUUUUUUUUUUGGUUGGUCGGCUUUUGAGAUCUUAUUUUAUUUCACACUUUGUUUUUUUGGAUUCUGGACUGACUGCAGUUUGUUCCUUUGGUGUCUCAUGAUUUUUCUUUUCCUCUCCGGCUCUUGUAACUAGUGAAGAACGUACAAACACCUCUCUCUCUCUCUCUCUCUCUCUCUCUCUCUCUCUCUCUGUCUCUGUCGUUUUACCCUCUCCUAACCUUCCUUCGUGAUCUCUCUCCAGAUUAGGUUCGGUUCUGGAAGUGUGGGCUUAGGUUUUGAAGUUGUCGCGCUCGCAGUUCUGAAGGACGGCUCGUCUCACAGCCGGGGCGGUGUUCUGCUCCUGUGGCUAUUUUUUUUUUUUUUUUUUCGUUUUCGUUUUAUCGUCUCGACGACAUCCGGUGGUGCGACUGUCCGUCUUUCCCGAAAGAGAGAGAUGCCCACGCGAGGAGGAGCGGAGUGGGUCCGGGUGUCUUCAGUCAUCUGCGUCGCUGUGACGAGAACUCCAUCGUCGGCUGCUUAUGUGAAUUUCGUUCUGCUCUGCUCUGCUUUUACUUUAUAUUUCUGAAGGCUGAAAAAGGAAAUGACAUUCUC